UGCAAGCGACCUCCACACCAUCAAACUAUUUAAGAAGGAUCUGUUUAAUUUGAGACAGAAAACAUGAAAUCCUCCUACACUUUCUUCAUUCUUUUCUCACUCUUUUCGCAGUUUGCUAACGUGAUCGGUGCUAGAAAAGACACUGGAGAGUAUUGGAGAGCUGUCAUGAAAGAUCAGCCCAUGCCAGAAGCAAUACAUGGCCUUAUUCGCGAAACCACAUUGUCAUCAGUCUCCAAUGAGAAAGCCGAUUGCCACACAACCGAGUCCAAUGAAAAGAAUAAUUUUGUUAAGGAUUUUGGCCCACAGCCUACUGCUACAUCUUAUGACAAUGGUAUAAAACCAGCAAAAGAUAAGUCCUUCUCGAAAGAUUUCCACCCAAACUCACACUUCGAACCAGGACCUAACAUAUCAGUUUAUGAUGAUGGUGUCGGGCUUAAAGGAAAAAAAUUGUCUUCGGAUGAUUUUGAGCCGAGGCCUAAUGUGUCCGUUUCCCACGACGACGCUACUCUUAAAGGAGAAAAAUCUUUUCCGGAGGACUUCGAACCAGGACCUAACAUAUCAGUUUAUGAUGAUGGUGUCGGGCUUAAAGGAAAAAAAUCGUCUUCGGAUGAUUUUGAACAAAGGCCAAGUACUACUGCUUAUAGCAACUAAUUAGCGAGACAAAGUUGCUUGUUGAUGUGCUCAUGGUCUCUUUUAGCUAAGCCCGCUAUGGUUUGUGACUUUAUUAAAUAAAGGUUUCCCUUAACUAGGGGCGCUUAUAAGCGAGCUAGCGUGUGUUUAAUUAAGCAAUGUAAGAUGUUUUUCAGUCAUUAUGAUAUCAUGUAAUAUUGCUAUAAGAAGUGUAUGAGAAUGUUACCGUUUUAA